GUUUGAUAAAGAUUUUCUUAUCCGUUGUCACGACCAGUAUUUUCAGUAUCGGUUUCCCUUCGCUGACAGAUAGUCGAUAUCGGUGCAUGUGCCGCUUACGGAAAAUAUUGCCGUCAAUACGUUUUAUGACAAUAAAAACCAGUAAGUAAAAAAGUCAAGAAAGAGAAAGAAACAUUAAUGUCUAGUGGCAUUUCAAUAACUAAAAUAACAACAUCGAACAUUUCCUCAUUUUUCAACUGCGUAUACAUACCGCACAAACAAUUGCCUAGACGACAGCAAAAAAUACUGCUGCAGAAAGAUCAAAAAUAACGAUCGAAUUGACUUCGAUUUCGGUGGACAGUGUGUUGUGGAAAUAUAUUUUUACCUGACAAUAAUGAGGGAGAAUAUAACGAAUGUAUGAUAAAAAUGAAGUUCGCGUUUCUUAUCGAAGUGUAAGUGUAAAAAUAAAGAGAAAAUAAUUCUACCGAGUGGCACGUUUCCUUUCGAUGUUAAAACCGCACGCGUCGUUUUGAACGUUUUCAACUUGACGAAAUGGGUACGACAUCCUCAGCACUUAGCGAUCACAGAGUCGUAGAGAUUAAUACUGGGAACGAUUUACAAGAAAAACAUUUUGUUAGCAAUCGUGUCAUAUCACACAAGUAUACGAUAUGGAACUUCAUUCCAAAGAAUUUCUUCGAGCAAUUUCGGCGAGUGGCGAAUUUUUAUUUUCUACUCAUGACGAUAAUCGCGGUUUUUAUACGCUCGUCAAUUUCGCCGUUAACCACUGCCUUGCCUCUGUCGUUUGUCAUUUUAGUGACAGCGUGUAAACAGGGAUACGAAGAUUAUCUUCGCUACAAAAUAGAUAAACGAGAUAAUCAGAGAUCAGUCAGUGUCAUCCGUAACAAGUGUAAACAGGAGAUACAUUGCGAGCAAAUAGCAGUGGGCGAUCUUGUGAAAGUCUCUCGAGAUGAGGAUGUACCUUGUGAUAUAGUUCUUCUUUAUAGCGAGACUCCGGGCUGCUGUUACGUCACGACAUCCAAUCUUGAUGGCGAAACAAACUUAAAAACGUUACACGUGCCGAAAGUGGUCUCAACAAUGUCGCUUACGGAUAUAGUGGCGAUGCAAGCGACAAUUACGUGUCAGGAACCCUUGGCUAAUCUUUACACCUUCCACGGCAAACUCGAGAUUAACGAUGCCGACAAAACGACCAGCGGGCAUUUAACAAUAGAAAAUCUUUUACUACGCGGAUCUAGACUGAAAGACACCGAGUACGUGAUCGGCUGCGCGGUUUAUACCGGACAGGACACAAAAUUGUCGCUCAAUUCAAAGAUAGUCAGCAAUAAAUUCUCCACUGCCGAAAAAUCUAUCAAUAAGUAUCUUAUUGUAUAUCUCGUGAUACUGUUGACUGAAGUGGUAAUAUGUACCAUACUGAAACUAUACGUUGACACUCUACAAGUAUGGGAAAGAUACUUAGGUCCACUACCCAAGGUUAAUUUUUGUACGUUAAUUACGGAUAUUUUGAACUUCCUUAUCUUAUUCAAUUACAUCGUACCGAUAUCAUUGUAUGUCACCGUUGAAUUGCAAAAGUUUCUCGGCUCCGUCUUCUUCGGUUGGGACUUGGAUAUGUAUGACAAGGAUAAUGAUCAGCCGGCGCUCGCCAAUUCGUCAGACUUGAACGAAGAGCUCGGCCAGGUUGAAUAUCUGUUUACCGACAAGACUGGCACGCUCACUGAAAAUUUGAUGGUAUUCAGACGUUGCUCAGUUAACGGCAACGUGUAUAUGGAAAAGGACUGCGACGGAAAUCUUCAUUUAUUGCCACCAAACGGAAACGAGACAGAGGCCAUCCAAUUGUCAUCGUGGGAGGGUGACAUUUGGCAUUUCAUGAUAAGCAUAUCGUUAUGCCACUUGGUCCAAAUCGCGCCGCCGAGUCUACGUCCCAAGGUCGUAGCCAGACGUACUUUGUUCCGUGAGAGUUACAGAUUGAAAAAAGUCACGAGGGUCAACAGCUCGUUGAUGAUGCAUCCGGAUCUGCCGGAAUAUCAGGCGGCGUCGGCAGACGAAAAGUCGUUGGUGGAGGCGAGUGCCAGAUGCGGCGUUGUUUUACAAAAGAGUACUAACGAGGAGAUACAUAUCAAGACCGACAACAGUAAUCUGGUCUUUCAGAAACUAGAAAUACUAGAGUUCAGCUCUGAACGCAAAAGGAUGUCAGUAAUAGUGAAAGACUCGUCGGGAGAUAUCUGGCUGUACUGCAAGGGUGCUGAUUCUGCGGUUAUGCCGUUGAUAAUUAAAGGAGAGACACAAAAAACCAACGCUCACGUGGCUGAUUUCUCUAUGAGAGGUCUGCGAACGUUGGUGGUGGCGUACAAAAAGAUGAAUCAAUUCGAAUACGAAAACCUGAUACAUAACAUCGAGCAGGCCAGACAGAUAAUCGGUGCGGAGAGAGAGACGCACAUAACGCGCGCGUACAAUCUUAUGGAGAGCGGGCUCACCUUGCUCGGAGUAACUGCGGUGGAAGAUCGCCUGCAGGACAAGGUGCAAGAAACCUUGGAAUGUUUACGAGUCGCUGGCAUCAAAACAUGGGUGCUGACUGGAGAUAAGGCAGAGACUGCGGAGAACAUCGCUUUUCUGUGCGGCCAUUUCAAGAAGGGUACCGAGGUUUUGAGAUUGAUGGACGAGACCUCAGGGCAAGCCUGCUUGCUGAUUCUCACAAGUUUCGAACGGAAAAUAAAACUGGAACCGUACAAGCAGUACGGAUUAAUAAUUGAUGGUGUCAGCGUGGCAGCGACAUUACGAAAUUGCCCAGAAUUGUUAAAAUCCGUCGGAAUGGCCUGCGAGGCAGUUGUUUGUUGCAGAUUGACGCCCCUGCAAAAGAGCGAGAUUGUACAUCUAAUAAAAACGGCACGAAAUCAUCCGCACACUGCAGCUAUCGGCGACGGCGGUAACGACGUCUCGAUGAUACAGGAAGCGCACGUGGGUAUCGGAAUAUUAGGAAAAGAAGGUCGUCAGGCGUCGAUGUCUGCUGACUUCGCCUUCACGAAGUUCAAGUAUCUGAGAAAAGCAUUGCUGGUGCACGGGCACUGGUAUUAUCUGCGCAUCAGCAUUUUGACACAGUUCUUCUUUUACAAGAACGUAGUAUUCAUAACGCCGCAAGUGCUGUUCGGCAUACACAAUGGUUUCUCCACGCAGGAACUUUAUGAUGGCAUGUUUCUAAUGACUUUCAACUUGAUAUUUACGUCGCUUCCGAUAUUGAUGUACGGACUGUUAGAACAGAAUUAUACCGCGAAGAAACUCAUGGAACAUCCAUACUUAUAUAAAUUAAAUAAAAACAAUUAUUUAAUGUCAAGAGCCCAAUUCGUAAUAUGGAUGUUUCUAGGAUUAUGCCAUGCAUGCAUAACGUAUUUUACAAUAUUCGCUAUGACGUCUAUCAAUCCUACGUAUCUGUACGACAACACGCCAGCUGAACUCUGGGUUUUCAGCACUUGCAUUUUUCAUAUAGUCACUUUACUAGCAAAUCUACAGAUAUUGUUACGCAGUGCAUAUUGGACAAUCCCGUUCGUUUUAAGCGUAUUGCUAUCUGAAUUAGCAUUUUUCGUAACUACCUUCGGCUAUUCAGGUUUAAAUAUAAAAUACGAUGGCGAUAUGUACGGGGUCUUCCAAAAAUUAUUACAGUCGCCUUCGUUCUGGUUACUUACUAUAUUUAUCAUAAUUACUUGCUUAAUACUUGAUUAUUUAUGGUUAACAUACAAUACAUACAGACCCCUGAAGAUCCUUCGUAGAAAUGAAGAAUCUCCGCAAGUUAUCACUUGCAGUAACGAUGAUGACCAUCAUCGCAAUUCACAAAUGAAAGAUUGCAUAUUUCCAUGGAGAGGUAGCUUUUCAUUGCAGAAAGAUAAAUAAUGCAUUCCAAAUGCAGUCAUUUAAACGCUUCAGUAUUAUCUAGAUAAACGAAGAAGUAAUUAUCUGGAACGAUACAUCAUAUAUAAUUCAUUUCAUAGAUACAUACAAUUUAAGUUGCUGAUACGACUGACUAUAUUAUAUUAUUAACCCUCCGCGGAAAAUUAACAUAGACACCAUAUGUGGAUAUAUCUCCAUGCUAUACUUCAUUAUAAAUAUAUUAUAAUUUAGUAUGAUUGAUAAUAAUGCACUUUCCAUGCACGAAACUGACAACAUAUGCGCGAUACUUUUUAAGUUAUAGAAAUUUAUCUUACUGGGGUAUGUCAUACCCCAUCUGAUUCGCGGAGGGUUAAAUGAGUAAUUGAUAAUAAAAUUAGUCAAAACUCCGCUAUCAACUAUUUAGCAUUGUUAACAAAAGCACUUUUAGCCGUAACAAGCC